AUGGGCGCCUAUCUCUAUGGGCGCCUAUCUCUAUGGGCGCCUAUCUCUACGGGCGCCUAUCUCUAUGGGCGCCUAUCUCUAGGGGCGCCUAUCUCUAGUGGCGCCUAUCUCUAUGGGCGCCUAUCUCUAGGGGCGCCUAUCUUUAUGGGCGCCUAUCUCUAUGGGCGCCUAUCUCUAUGGGCGCAUAUCUCUAUGGAUGCCUAUCUCUUUGGGCGCCUAUCUCUAUGGGCGCCUAUCUCUAGGGGGGCGCCUAUCUCUAUGGGCGCCUAUCUCUAUGGGCGCCUAUCUGGGCGCCUAUCUCUAGGGGCGCCUAUCUCUAUGGGCGCCUAUCUCUAUGGGCGCCUAUCUCAAGGGGCGCCUAUCUCUAGUGGCGCCUAUCUCUAUGGUUGCCUAUCUCUAGGGGCGCCUAUCUCUAUGGGCGCCUAUCUCUAUGGGCGCCUAUCUGGGCGCCUAUCUCUAUGGGCGCCUAUCUCUAUGGGCGCCUAUCUCUAUGGGCGCCUAUCUCUAUGGGUGCCUAUCUCUUUGGGCACCUAUCUCUAUGGGCGCCUAUCUCUAGGGGCGCCUAUCUCUAGGGGCGCCUAUCUCUAUGGGCGCCUAUCUCUAUGGGCGCCUAUCUCUAGGGGCGCCUAUCUCUAUGGGCGCCUAUCUUUAGCGGCGCCUAUCUCUAGGGGCGCCUAUCUCUAG